AUGGAGCGGCUGCAGCGGAUCUUCGGCGCCGGCGGGAUGGGCCAGCCGCCGUCGGACUCGCCGCUGCUCGACUCCUCCGAGCAGGUCUACAUCUCGUCCCUCGCCCUCCUCAAGAUGCUCAAGCACGGGAGGGCCGGCGUGCCGAUGGAGGUCAUGGGCCUCAUGCUCGGCGAGUUCGUCGACGACUACACGGUCCGGGUGGUCGACGUCUUCGCCAUGCCGCAGAGCGGGACGGGGGUCAGCGUCGAGGCCGUCGACCACGUCUUCCAGACCAACAUGCUCGACAUGCUCAAGCAGACCGGCAGGCCAGAAAUGGUGGUAGGGUGGUAUCACUCUCAUCCUGGUUUUGGUUGCUGGCUAUCGGGUGUUGACAUCAAUACUCAACAGAGUUUCGAAGCUUUGAACCCCAGGGCAGUUGCCGUCGUGAUCGACCCCAUCCAGAGUGUCAAGGGGAAGGUGGUCAUCGAUGCAUUUCGUCUCAUUAACCCUCAGACCAUGAUGCUUGGGCAGGAGCCACGUCAGACAACAUCCAAUGUUGGGCACCUGAAUAAGCCAUCUAUUCAGAUGCUUAUACUGUCUGUUUACUCCCAGGCUCUUAUUCAUGGGCUCAAUAGACACUACUACUCUAUUGCAAUAAAUUACCGCAAAAAUGAGCUCGAGGAGAAGAUGCUGCUUAACCUUCACAAAAAGAAAUGGACUGAUGGAUUAAUUCUGAAGAAAUUUGACGCACAUUCAGAAACCAAUGAGCAGACUGUUCAGGAAAUGCUGAGCCUAGCCAUCAAGUACAACAAGGCAGUGCAAGAGGAGGAUGAGUUGUCCCCUGAGAAAUUAGCGAUAGCUAAUGUGGGACGGCAAGAUGCGAAGAAGCAUCUAGAAGAGCAUGUCUCAAAUCUGAUGUCGUCGAACAUAGUUCAGACCCUAGGUACCAUGCUUGACACGGUUGUCUUUUAG